AGUGUCUUCGCCCCUGGCCCUUUGCUCGUGUUCAUAUUUUUUCUUUUCCUUUUUUCUAUCUUUUGAUUUGCAGUUAACGUAUAAAUUCUUCGAUCUUCUGAUCUGCAGAGAUUUUUCUUUUCUUUUCGUUUUUGGAUUUGUUAGAUCAAGGGAGGGUUGGGGGUGUGAAAUCCUGCAAACGAGCGUUUCCCACCCGUGUGUUUAAUGCCGCCAUUUCUCCAUUUCUCUGUAUAAAAACUUCUUUCCGUUCAUCCGGUUCAUCAUUUUGGGUUUCUUCUCUCAGAUUGUAUUUUUUUUCUCUAAAUAAUUAUCUGUUAUUAUAUAACAACUUCACUAGAUCGUGUAUGGUUUGAUUGAUUCCUUUUGCGUGGAUCGACGGAGCUUUCUUUUGUUUAGGGCACUGAGGUUUUGAACUACAACUGUUCGAAUAGGAAUUAGGGCUUCUUACCCUUUUAGUGAUUUUACAUCAGAGCUGGUUUAUUUGGAGUUCUCUGGCUUGCAAAGGAUGGAUAAGAAGAAGGUGGCGGUGCCUCUUGUUUGCCAUGGCCACUCGCGCCCAGUCGUCGAUUUGUUCUACAGUCCGAUAACUCCAGAUGGAUUUUUCCUCAUUAGUGCGAGCAAGGAUUCCAGUCCUAUGCUGAGAAAUGGAGAAACUGGAGAUUGGAUUGGUACCUUUGAGGGGCAUAAGGGUGCAGUGUGGAGUUGCUGCUUGGAUACUAAUGCGUUACGUGCAGCUUCAGGCUCUGCGGAUUUUACUCCGAGAUUAUGGGAUGCACUAACAGGGGAUGAAUUGCACUCCUUUGAACACAAGCAUAUUGUUCGUGCAUGUGCAUUCUCAGAGGAUACCCACCUGCUGCUUACUGGGGGGUUUGAAAAAAUGCUACGUAUCUUUGAUUUGAAUCGUCCAGAUGCACCUCCAAGAGAAGUCGACAAUUCUCCUGGUUCAAUCAGAACUGUAGCAUGGCUUCAUAGUGACCAGACAAUAUUAAGUUCAUGUACAGAUAUGGGGGGUGUGAGGUUAUGGGAUGUAAGGAGCGGCAAAAUUUUCCAGACACUUGAGACCAAGUCUCCUGUAACCAGUGCCGAAGUCAGUCAGGAUGGCCGUUAUAUUACUACUGCUGAUGGUUCAACCGUUAAGUUUUGGGAUGCAAACCAUUUUGGGCUGGUGAAGAGCUACAAUAUGCCAUGUGCAGUUGAAUCUGCGUCACUUGAGCCAAAGCUUGGCAAUAAAUUCAUUGCCGGUGGAGAAGACAUGUGGAUUCGUCUAUUUGAUUUUCAUACCGGUGAAGAGAUUGGGUGCAACAAGGGACACCAUGGUCCUGUUCACUGUGUUCGUUUCGCACCUGGAGGAGAAUCCUAUGCUUCAGGAUCUGAAGAUGGAACAAUUAGAAUAUGGCAGACGGGCCCUGCAACACAUGAUGAGGGUGAUGCUGUCUCUGCAUAUGGGUUGACUGGUAAGGUGAAGGUGACGCCCGAUGAGGUUGCCCGGAAGAUUGAGGGCUUACACAUUACAAAGGAAGGGAAGGCCGAAGAAAAGGAAGAGGUAACGGAUGCCUGACAGAGGUGGAUGUUUUGCUUUGUUUUGCUCUUUGGUUGAUUGGUUGGUUCACUUGGUUGUAUGGUAUUAUGGGAUUGUCUGGAUGACACCUCUAUGGGUGUAUUUAGAACAUGUAACCUUCUUUUUUUAUUGCCUUUUCUUUGUUCCCAAAAGCUAUUUAAGUUUGGGUAAAAAGGUUUUCAAAAUUAUCUAAAAAUGUAUUUACCAUUAAUGUCAUUGUCCUACAAACUUUUGGAGUA